CAUUUCUAUACAUAAAUGAAAUGAAAAAUAUUGUUUUCUGGCAAAAUUUUGCUAUCUUUUUAACUAUAAUUAAAUUUCUAUAGGAAAAAUGAAGCGCAGGGAAAUAUCAGUUUUAUCAUGUUCAUAGGCGCACAUUAUUUUGAUCAAGUGAUGACGUUGAACAAGGACGAUGUAAAGUGGAAGAAGUCAAUAGUUAUAACCUUUCUCGUUUUAUUGUUUGAUUAUUAUCAUUAUAUCAGCUGUAGAUCUCAUAGAUAUGUCUCAUUUUGGGGAUUUCAUAGAGGGUGUCCCCGUCAAGAUAUCAGAAAAGUACAUACGGCCACCGAAAAUUGAAUUACCUUACAGUGUAAGCGAAUGUGGCGUGCGAGCUCGUAAAGUAUUAGAUAGUACGCAGGGGCACUGCUGCACCUUCGAGCAGAAUGUGCUGGCCAAGCUGCAGGAGCUGCGGAGCGCGAAGAAGACGAAGAAAAACGAGAGACAACACCGGCUGCAGCUGUUGAAAGAGGAGAAACAAAAGAAACUCGACGCCAUCGCCGCCGCCGAGGCGGAGGAGCGGCUCAAGCAGCUCAGCGUGUCCGAGGUGUCCUACCCGAGCACCGAGGAGAUCAGCGAGAUCUCCCCUGACGAUAAAGCUGACAAAAACUGUGAUACAACACUAACACAAGAUCAAACUACAGAGGUUCCAUCUGAACCCAACAUUAACAAUGAACCUGUACACCCCUCUUGUAGUCAACCCUCUGAACCUGACCCCAGCAUCCUGCAGCCGACGCUGGUGCAGCCGCACUACCAGGCCAGCAACCUCCUGGACGACCCCGACCCCCUCAUGGAGUACAAGAUGAAAAACAAAGCUGUACAGAUCCCCCACUACAAUCCAUCAUUUGCCAAACACCACAUGGAGACUUUGACUUACAAGGACUUUGAAAAUGAUACAUCCAGUCCCUUUGAUAAUGUUGAACUUAAAACAAUCAAUGAUAUGGAAUUAUUAGCUCAAGUGUUGCAGAAUCAAAUGCAAUCAGGAACAAAUUGCCCUGUGCCACAGCAGUAUGUUCCAGAACAGGCUUACACUGGAGUGCCAAACUGUUCCUCACAGGCGCAGAUGGAAGGAAUCCCAUACAUACCAAAUGCCUAUGUAGAGCAACCUAUCCAAGGAGCAGAUAUCAUGUACACCUCACCACAGCACUAUGCAAUGGGAAAUGGCUAUUAUGUACCAGUAGAUAACUGUGAGAAUGCAGUGCCAGUAGAUAAUGUAAAUAUGUACAUGCCGAAUUACCAGUACUACAUUCCUGCCAAUCCAUACCCGAGUACAGCAUACUACAGCCAACCAGUCACUGAGACAGAUGUGAAUGCCAUGUCUAGUGACCCCACAUACAUUCCACAACCAUAUUAUUUUGGUUACCCCCAAGCACCUCUUCAGUAUCAGCCUAAUGCAUACAGCUUGCCAAGCCAAAGUGUUGAAGCAACACAGAACCCUUCAUCAACCACUGUAAAUACUGUUAAAUCUAGGUCUAGAAGUGUACCGGAUAUUGUAAAGGAGUUGAAUGAAGAAAUAGCAUCAGCAAAGUUGAGAGCUAAAGAGAGAUCUUACAAUGCAAGUCCUGCACCUAAAGAGACAUUGGAGCGUCUGCCGAAUCCUAUUGACAAGAUGCCCGCGAGGCUGCAGAGCUUGUGCCAGAGGAUCCACGGCAUGGGCUUCCCGCUGGACCGGGUGGCGCGCGUGUGCAGUCUUGUUGGUGAUAAUGAUAAGAAGAUAAUCGAGGGUCUGCUGCUCCUAGGCGAGCUGCUCGACCUGGGCUUCCCCGAGGGCCGCGCCAGCCUCGCGCUCGCCAAGCACGAGUUCAAUAGAGACAAGGCGCUGGACGAGCUGGUGCAGUGAACUGGAAGGGUGGUGCGGGGUGCUUAGGCCGAGUUUUUUUUAUCCGU